AACUAAAGCGUCAUGGAAACGUCACCAAAACGCGUUGCUCCGUGGCUGUAGGCAUCGCUGAGUUUCAUGUCAGUGGAUCAGUUCAAGGGCCAGCAGCUGUCCUUGAGUCUCAACAGAGAUCAAAACAAUCGUCAGUCAGGCUGAAAGGUCUCUAAGCAAGCGGACGUUUUGCAAGGAGCACCACAGUAUCUUGGGACCAUGUUCAUCGUGAUUUCUGCAUUGUGGGCGUCCGUGUUGCCCUUCCUUGUAUUGGCCUAUAAAUCUCAACCCUGCCAACCCCAGACCAGCCCUUCUCUUCCAGAGUCUCCCGCCCUGGCCUCCCUGCAGUGCCGUAAUGACUACUCCACACAUAUCCAGUGCAGCUGGGCCGCAGCCAAGACGCAGCACUCCCAGUUCCAGGCACCACCCCUGCAGCUCUACCACCUGGCCAUCUUUAGGAACAGUCCACCGCCUUCCCAUGAUGCAACAGGUGACCACCACGGAGCGCAGCACUGCCGCUACAACACCAGCAUCUUCGUCAUUCACGCCAAAGACUACUUCCUGUUCAAGGUUCCGCACGUGAAGCUGCUGUCUAAGACCAUUGACCUCCAGCAUGGAGAGAGAAUGGGUCCUCCACGUGACCUGUCAGUGAAGGUGACGCGGGAAGGGGACUGGCUGCUGACCUGGCAGAGGCCUCCAUCUUCGCAGCCCAACGAGACCCUCACAUACCAACUGCACUACAGAUACACUGGCCAGCCGUGGACAGAGCUGGAGGUGCAGGGCCAGGAGCAGCGUCUUGAGGCCUCUGAUCUGGAGCCCGGUGCGGAGUACAGCGCCAAGGUCAGAGUCAAGGGCACGCAGCAGGGGGUGCACACGGAGUGGAGCUCACCCGUACACUGGAGGCACAAUGGAGCGUCUGUGCCAGGUCCCUCUAAUCUGGAGUGCGUGUGGGCCGGGGAGGAGAAGGUGCGAUGUAGCUGGGAGCUACGCAGGGACCUCACUCAAUAUGUCACCUACAAUCUGUACUACCACAUCAAGCCCACAGCACUGCCUCAGCAGUGCUGCCCUGAGCCCCCCAGGCCUCUCGGCUCCACUGAUCCUGAUCCAGUGCUCAGCUUCAGCUGUGAGUUCUCCAUGGACGAGCCCCUCAAGCCCUUCAAGCCCUCCUCAUCCCCACUGAUCCAGAAUCAGCCCCAGCCCCAGCCACAGCUACAUCUACAGCUCAAGGCCGUUCCUAUCAAGCGAGAGUUCAAGUCCCACAAGCACAUCCAGCCUCCCAGGCCCGCAAGUGUCCGUGUGGAGGACAGGGGACAGGACUGGCGGCUGACCUGGACGCUACCCAGCCUGGGCACCGUUCCCAUCGCUACGGAGAUUUACUACUGGAGCCCAGACGCACCGGAGCACAAUAAGACUUUAUCCAUGGAGGCUGGUGUCACCUCUCACUCCAUCCCGACGUCAGGGCUGAGGCCGGCGGCGCGCUACCAGGCUCAGGUCCGAGCUCUGGUGGACACCUCCAGGAGCACCCACUACAGCGGAUACCCCUCCCCGUGGAGCCAGCCCGUCACAUGGACCACUCGCUCAGGCCUUUGGUCAGCCUUCAUGAUCUCAUAUGUGACGAUGGCAGUCUGUGUAUUUGUGACGGUGUUUCUCCUUUACGUCUGUCAAAGGCGAUUCAGGCAGUGGGAAGUGUCCAUCCCAACGCCUGUCAACAGCAAAGUGAUGGAGGACAUCUCAAAAGGCCAUCAGAAAUUCCAAAUCGAGGGCAAAGUGACCCAGAGUGAAGCGGACCACCCCCACAUCUACAAGGCCCUCAUACUGGAGACCGCACAGACUGAGGACCUCCUAGAAAGCCUCUCUGAUCAGGAGGACGGGGCAGGAUGCAGCGGGGUCCUGGCCGUGGAGGAGGAUGACUCGUACCACCCAGUACCCAGCAGCCAGCAGGACCACGCAGGAGCAGAAGAGCCAAACAAGCCUCUCAACAACGACACGUCAACCCAGGGGUCCUCCUCUUCAGCAUCUGAGGCGUCAGACAUAAUAAGCCACAGUAGUGACCUGUACAUCAGCUGCCCCAGGUCUAGAUCUUCCACAGGAGGAGCUGUGGAGGUGGUGGUGGUGGAGGAGGACUGCCCCAGGUCUAGAUCUUCCACAGGAGGAGCUGUGGAGGUGGUGGUGGUGGAGGAUGACUGCCCCAGGUCUAGAUCUUCCACAGGAGGAGCUGUGGAGGUGGCGGAGGUGGAGGUGGACUUUGAAGAGCCCUUCAAAAACGAUGAGGAUGUUGUUCGGGCAUCUUCUUCUUCUGUGGUGGUGGUAGACCUUGAGGCGUCCUUCAAAGAUGAUGAUGAUGAUGAUAAUGAUGACGUUGAGGACGGCGCUUCUUCUCCGUUGAUAUGA